GGAGCCACCUCAGGGCCUUCGGGGCCCUGACGGGCUUGGUGGGCCGGGCGCUGACUCGGCGUGUGGGAGAAGCGCCCAGCGGAAAGCUGGCCAUUAGAUCGGAAGUGUUUUUCUGUAUGAGUGGAGAAGACAGUUGUCAGAAGUGGAAGUGACACAACGUAUUUUUAGGAUGUCUGAAGAUGAAGAAAAAGUGAAAUUACGCCGUCUUGAACCAGCUAUCCAGAAAUUUAUUAAGAUAGUAAUCCCAACAGACCUGGAGAGGUUAAGAAAGCACCAGAUAAAUAUUGAGAAGUAUCAAAGGUGCAGAAUGUGGGACAAAUUGCAUGAAGAGCAUAUCAAUGCAGGACGUACAGUUCAGCAACUCCGCUCCAAUAUCCGAGAAAUGGAAAAGCUUUGUUUGAAAGUCCGAAGGGAUGACCUGGUACUUCUGAAGAGAAUGAUAGAUCCUGUUAAAGAAGAAGCAUCAGCAGCAACAGCAGAAUUUCUCCGACUCCAUUUGGAAUCUGUAGAAGUACUUAAGAAACAAUUUAAUGAUGAAGAAACUUUAUUACAGCCUUUGACCAGAUCCAUGACUGUUGGUGGAACAUUUCACACUACUGAAGCUGAAGCUAGUUCUCAGGGUCUGACACAGAUCUAUGCAUUGCCUGAUAUUCCUCGAGAUCAAAAUGCUGCAGAAUCAUGGGAAAACUUAGAAGCGGACUUAAUUGAACUUAGCCAACUGGUCACUGAUUUCUCUGUCCUGGUGAAUUCUCAGCAGGAGAAGAUUGACAGCAUUGCAGACCAUGUCAACAGUGCUGCUGUGAAUGUUGAAGAGGGAACCAAAAACUUGGGCAAGGCUGCAAAAUACAAGCUGGCAGCUCUGCCUGUGGCAGGUGCACUCAUCGGAGGAAUGGUGGGGGGUCCGAUUGGCCUCCUUGCAGGCUUCAAAGUGGCAGGAAUUGCAGCUGCACUUGGUGGUGGGGUGUUAGGCUUCACAGGUGGAAAAUUGAUCCAAAGAAAGAAACAGAAAAUGAUGGAGAAGCUCACUUCCAGCUGUCCAGAUCUUCCCAGCCAAACUGACAAAAAAUGCAAUUAAGAACCAAACUUUGGUAUUAUUGGUGCCAACAUGUCUAUCCUUAUGAGGACCUUUGCUGCUGUUGGACACUCAGUCAGCUUUUGGAACACAAAAAUAUUGAGAUAGUGGCUGUAGAUGCUCAAGUGGGAUUGAUAAAUGGAUUUAUUUUGUUGUUUGCUGGGGUGUUAAUGGAGAUUUUAGAGAUUGAGGACCAUGGCCUGAGGGCGUAUAAUGUCUGUCAGGUAAAGUUUAAAGACUGCCAAAGAGCAAAUUUUCUGCCUGGAAAUUGAAAACUGAACCUGUAACUCUCAUAAGGACCUGAGAUAUGCAGAAAUGUUGGGUUAUAGAAGAAAAGUUUCUUCCCUAACCCUGAAUUGGAGGCCUUAAGGCUAGGUGUAUUUAAAGACUAUUUAGGCCCAUUAGCAAGGAAAAGAAUGGGAAGUUCAGGAGCCUUUCUUAUCAGAUAGGGAAAUCAGGACCUAGUGAGGCGCACAGGUUACUACAUAAUGGAGUCCACUUGGUGAACACUAUUACAGUUUGGUCCAACUAUAUUUUCUGGUUAAAGAAACAGUGUAAGAAAAUGGAAAGAGAGGCUCAACUUCUCUUUCAAAUAUCUUCAUUUGUGACACUGGCUUCUUUUUGAACUCUUCCUCUGCCUCUUUUUAAAUAAAGAACACCAACUCUCACAUGGUAGGACACUUAUUAAGACAGUCACCAAGCUCACUCUGUCAGCCUGUGUCCUAGUACCUCAAAGAUCUAGUACCCUUUGCGUUCCCUUACUUAUAAUUUUGUAAAGUACUUUGGUUUAUGGGAUGAAUUCUACCUGCAUAUAAUGAGGACUUUUCUCAUAAUCUGUUUUUUUUGUAUUGUCUCCCAUCUGUGUUCAUCCUUCCUGUAACCAGGUUAAAAAGAAAGAAAGAAAAAGAAA